AUGUGUGCGGCGGCAGGGCCUUUGCUGCUGUGCGCCUGGCUACUGUGCGCGGGCUGCGCGCUGGGGCUGCGGCUGGGACGCGGGCGCGGGGCUGCGGACCGCGGGGCGCUCGCCUGGCUUUGCUAUGACGCCCUGGUGCACUUGGCUUUGGAAGGCCCUUUUGUCUACUUGUCUUUCAUAGGAAACAUUGCAGAUUCCCAUGGCUUGAUUGCUUCAUUGUGGAAAGAGUAUGGCAAAGCUGAUGCAAGAUGGCUUUAUUUCGAUGCAGCUGUUGUAUCUGUGGAAAUCCCUACUGUGGUCCUGGAUGGGUCUCUGGCAUUGGUCCUCAUUUAUGCCAUUGUCAAAGAGAAAUACUACCGACAUUUCAUACAGAUUACCCUGUGCGUGUGUGAAUUAUAUGGUGGUUGGAUGACCUUCUCCCCAGAAUGGCUCACGGGAAGCCCUAACCUCAACACCAGCAAUUGGGUCUACUUUUGGGUCUAUCUGGUAUUUUUCAAUAGUGUAUGGGUUCUGAUCCCAGGACUGUUACUGUUGCAAUCAUGGAUAGAACUUAAGAAAAUACAUUACAAAAGAACUAGUUCAAGGGAAAAGUUUCAGUGAGUUUUUGAAGUCCAACUUCUAUUUUCUUGUCUUAUGAGCAAGAACAGAUCAAACAGAGUAUAAGGUAGCAAUUUUCAUGGUGCUUGUUUUAUUUUAGUUAAAUGACCAUACAACAACAGACAGAACAGUUUUUUGAUGUAAUUUGUAUUAGUUGAUGCAAUAUGCUUUAUAAGAUUAUAUGACUACAGGGAUAAGUUUCAUACCACACCCACUAGCAGAGUUCUGUCCUGCCUCUCCCCCAUCUACCAUAGUUCUCACAAAGACUGACAUUUUUUUCCUUUUUGUUGUUCUUAUUUAGAAAGUUUGUAUGUUUCAGUUAUCCAUAUUCCAUAUAUGAACAAAGCCAUCCAGUAGUUGUCUUUCACCUCCUUACUUAUUUACUAAACAUAAUCACCUCCAGUUCCAACCAUUUUCAGAGAAAGUUUUAACUUGUAAGACAGGAGAUUGUUCACCUCAAGGUAAGUAGAGUGCCUGCCUUACUAUGCACAAGACUCCAGGUUUGAGUCCCAGCACCACACAGGAACAGCAGGGCAUUAGAGAAAGCUCCAUGGAUGGUGAAGCCAUGCUGUGGUGCCUUUUUCUCCCUCCUCCCCAAACUCCACAUCAGUACAGGAGUAUUGAGAUCGUGUAUGUGUGAGGCUCUGGUGCCAUAAAUUUUGUAAAAUUUCAACUUUAAUAGUAAAACAGUUAACUUGAUAUCUAAUGACUAGCAAUAACUGUUCUACAUUAAUAAAACCAGUUGUCAGGAAAUACUGUGGCACAUCAAAACAACGAAAUACAACCUCAUACCAGUGAAAAUAUCAUGCAUUAGAAAGGACAGAUACAAUAAGUGCUGGCAAGGAUAGUGGGAAAAAAAACUCUUCUACAUUGUUUAUGGACAUGUAAUUUGGUUAAACUCCUGUGGAAAACAGUCUGGAGGUGCCUCAGAAUAUUGGAAGUGGAUCUAUCAUACAAUCCAGCAACUCCUCUCUUAAGAAUUUAUCUUAAAAAAAAAACACAAAAGUACCUAUGCGAAGAGACCUAUGCACACCUCUGUUCAUAGCAACAUGGUUUGUAAUAGCCCAACCCCAAUGUCUAAUAAUAGAUGAGUGAUAAAUAAAGUGGCAUAUAUGCACAGUGGAGUGAUAAUCAACUGUUAAAAAUGAAGUCUUUUGUCACAUCGUGGAUGAUACUUGAAAGAAUCUUAAGUGAGAUAAGCCAGAAGAAGAAGGGUAAAUACCAGAUGAUCUCAUUCCUAGGUGGAAAUUAAGAAACAAAGAAAGGAAAAACACAUGCGACUUAGACUAGCUGUGAUCUGAUUGUAGCAGAAUGCAGGACUCUGAAGAUGGGGAAGGUGGGUAAAUAGAUGUUGGGGACAUAAUGUACAAUGGUGAAGGGAAAUUUUAAGUUGAUGGGGGUGGUGGUAUGCAGACACCUAUUAAGGAGAGACAAUAAGCUGUACUCAUGUGACAAUAGUUGUCUUGUUAAUUAUUGUCUCCCCCAAUAAAUUGAUUUAAAAA